AUGUCGGCCUCUGACAAAUUCCUAUUUGAAAAAUUACAACCUGAAUUAUACAAGAUGAUUGCACAAUUAAAAGCUCUGCUCAAGUUCUCCAAGAUCACAGGCUGCUUUUCCACAGCCCAUCCCUGCUCAUUCUGGCAAACUGAACAGCUGAGAGAAGAAUCAGCCUUCUCUAGGAGUGCUUGGGGCCCCAGACACAUCACACCGUUCCUAGGUGAAUAUGCUGAUGAGCAUGGCCACUGUCAGCCCUGUGAUACCUCAUGUUCCAAGUGUUGGGGCCCGACCCAGAAAGACUGCACAGGCUGUCCAGUUUCAAGGUUUUUUGAUGAUGGCCAGUGUGCUUUGAACUGUCCCUUGGGGAAAUUUGACUUUAAGGAUCAAUGUCAUCCAUGCCACUACACCUGCCAAGAAUGCCAAGGAAACGAGCCUUCAAAUUGUACCUCCUGUGGAACAGAUAAGUAUGGCCAAGAGCGCUUCUUGUACCAGGGGGAGUGUCGGGAGAGGUGUCCGGCAGGCCUCUACCCUGCGUGGGGACACACAUGCCUGCCCUGUUCAGACAACUGUGAGAUUUGCCACAGCACAGAUCUAUGCAUAAGAUGCAGAAGUGGCUACUUCAUAGUGCCCACCAAUCACACCUGUCAGAAGCUAGAGUGUGGACAAGGAGAAAUUCAAAGUCCAGACUAUGAAGGCUGUGUAUCUUGUGAAGAAGGUUGUCUGGGAUGCAGCUUGGAUGAUCCAGGAACCUGUACUUCAUGCGCUGUGGGAUAUUAUAUUUUUGAAGAUCACUGUUACAAAACCUGCCCAGAGAAGACUUACAAUGAAGGAUUUGAAUGUAAAGCAUGUGAUGCCAACUGUGGCAACUGUGACCAGGAUGGGUGUUACUGGUGUGAAGAGGGCUUCUUUCUCUUGGGUGGCAGCUGCGUGAGGACAUGUGGCCCUGGCUUCUAUGAGGACCCAGAGAUGGGAGAAUGUGAGCCCUGCCACCAUGCCUGCAGCACCUGCACCGGCCGGGGCUACAGUCAGUGUAGCAGCUGCCAAGAAGGCUUGCAGCUGCUGCAGGGCACCUGCGUAGGUCCCACUCAGACCCAGGGAGAAGGUCACACCUGGAAUGAACUACACGUGCCUACCACAAGCCCAUCUUUGGUGAAGAAGUGGCAGCUGGAGCGCCGAAGGUGGAAGUUUCAAAGCAAAAGAGACAUUUUGGAAGAACACCAACAAUGUCAUCCAUCCUGUAAGACCUGUAAUGGAUCUGCUACUCUGUGCACUUCCUGUCUAAAAGGUGCAUAUCUGUUGGCACAGACCUGUGUCCCCUUCUGUCCCCAAGGCACCUGGUCCUCGGUGAGGAGUGGCAGCUGUGAGAAUUGCACAGAAGGCUGUGCUUCUUGCUCAGAAGCCAAUCUAUGCAAGAAGUGUGGGACCCAGCUGGACCACCCUCUUGUCCUGCAUGAAGGCAGAUGCUAUUCCAAGUGCCCAGCGGGCUUCUAUACAGAAAAUGGUUCAUGCAGACACUGUAGCUCUUCUUGUAGAACAUGUGAAGGAAAUGCCACCAACUGUCGCUCAUGUGCAGAGGAUCUUGUCCUAGACAAAGGAGUGUGCCAGAAAGCCUGCUCUGAUAGGCAUGUGGCAAUGGAAGGGGUGUGCAAGCCAUGCCCAGACUUGUGUGAGAGCUGCAUCUAUGAGACAACAUGCAAAGAAUGCAAGGGCCCCGGAGCCAACAACUGUACUGUGUGCCCUGCCAACCUGGUGCUGCAAAUGGAUGACAACCGCUGCCUGCACUGCUGUAAUGCCUCUGAUCCCACCAAUACCCAAGAGUGCUGUGACUGCCAAGAAACCACGGAUGAGUGCAUCCUUCGAGAAAAUCAGGUGAGACCUGCAACUGAGCAUUUCAAGACAGCUCUAUUCAUCACCUCCUGUGUCAUGCUGGUGCUUCUUCUUGGGAUAGCUGUGGUUGUCUGGAAGAAAUCACGGGGCCGAGUCCAGGCAAAGAAGAAAAGUGGCUAUGAAAAACUGGCUGACCCCAGCAGGUCUUACUCCACCUAUAACAGUAGCCACUUCCAGAGCACCAGCUAUGAAGAGGAUCAGGUGGUUGAGUACAGGGACCGGGACUAUGAUGAGGAUGAUGAAGAUGACAUAGUCUACAUGGGCCAAGAUGGAACUGUCUACCGGAAAUUCAAGUAUGGGCUUCUGGAUGAUGAUGAUGAAGAGGAGCUGGAAUAUGAUGAUGAGAGCUACUCCUACCAGUAA